AUGAACAUCUCUGAUUACAACUCCAUCUUCUGGAUUGCACACCCUGGUGGACCUGCAAUUCUUGACCAAGUUGAGCAAAAGUUGGGUCUCAAAGCUGAAAAGAUGAAAGCCACUAGAGAUGUGCUUAAUGACUAUGGGAACAUGUCAAGUGCAUGUGUGCUUUUCAUCUUGGACGAGAUGAGAAGGAAAUCAGCUGAAAAUCGACUCAAAACCACUGGUGAAGGACUUGAAUGGGGUGUCUUGUUUGGUUUUAGAACUGGUCUUACUAUUGAGACUGUUGUUCUACACAGUGUCCCAAUAUAA